UUUGGUCGCACAAAGGGAAAAAAAAAGUCUUACGGUCUCCGUCGGUAAGCUAACAGUUGUACAAGGAGUACAGUUUUACAGAUGUGACUGAGAUUCUUAAAAACCAAACUCCUGUUCAUGCCUCAAGACUUUUUUAUUUAAUUCUACCGAACAAUACUCUCUUCUUCUGUAAGAGCUGAAAGGAAUCAAAGAAGCCAACGUCUAAACAGACAUGACUGUAUACAGGACGCCCGCUUUGCUUGCCCUGCUGUUGCCGUCCUGUCUCCUGGUUUCUGCGCAGUAUCAGGGGGAUAGUGGAAUUGCCUUCCCCGAUCACGGCUUCUGUCAGCCGAUCUCUAUCCCGCUGUGCACGGACAUCGCCUACAACCAGACUAUAAUGCCCAAUUUGGUAGGACACUACAAUCAGGAGGACGCGGGACUCGAGGUGCAUCAGUUUUACCCGUUGGUCAAAGUGCAGUGUUCGCCGGAGCUCAAGUUUUUCCUCUGCUCCAUGUACGCCCCGGUGUGCACGGUGCUGGACAAAGCCAUUCCUCCGUGCCGGUCCAUCUGCGAGAGAGCCAAGCAAGGAUGCGAAGCCCUCAUGAACAAAUUCGGCUUUCAGUGGCCAGAGAGGCUGCGGUGCGAGAACUUUCCUGUCCUGGGAGACGGGCAGAUCUGCGUGGGGCAGAAUGAAUCGGACAGCGGGGUGCCCACUGUCACCAACCCGCCGAUGCACAUCCCCGCCCCGGGAACCCCUGGGACACGCGUGUACUCCACCCCUGACAGACCCUUCCGCUGCCCCAAGGUGCUGACAGUGCCCUCUUACUUGAACUACCGGUUUCUGGGGGAGGUGGACUGCGCUGCGCCCUGCGAACCCUCCAGAAACAUCGGGUACAUGUUUUUCAGUGAGGAGGAGAUCAAGUUCGCCCGAGUGUGGAUACUGAUCUGGUCCUCUCUGUGCUGUGCGUCCACCUUGUUCACCGUGACCACCUAUCUGGUGGACAUGCAGCGUUUCAAAUACCCGGAGCGCCCCAUUAUAUUUUUAUCGGGGUGCUACACUAUGGUUUCCAUCGCCUUCAUUGCGGGGUUUUUCUUGGGGGACAAGGUGGUCUGCAACGAGCCCUUUACAGCUGACAGCUAUAAGACCGUGGUGCAGGGGACGAAAAAGGAGGGGUGCACUAUUUUAUUCAUGAUGCUGUACUUCUUCAGCAUGGCCAGCUCCAUCUGGUGGGUCAUUCUUUCCCUGACGUGGUUCCUAGCGGCAGGGAUGAAGUGGGGCCACGAAGCCAUCGAGUCCAAUUCGCAAUAUUUCCACCUGGCAGCUUGGUCAGUGCCGGCCAUUAAAACCAUCAGCAUUCUGGCUAUGGGGCAGAUUGACGGCGACAUGCUGAGCGGCGUCUGCUUCGUGGGGCUCAACAGCCUUGACCCCUUGCGGGGGUUUGUGCUGGCGCCGCUUUUUGUGUACUUGUUCAUCGGCACUUCCUUCCUGCUGGCCGGCUUCGUGUCCCUCUUCCGAAUCCGCACCAUCAUGAAGCACGACGGGACCAAGACGGAGAAGCUGGAGAGGCUCAUGGUGCGGAUCGGGGUUUUCAGCGUGCUGUACACUGUGCCGGCCACAAUCGUCAUCGCCUGUUUCUUUUACGAGCAGGCGUUCCGAGGGCACUGGGAGCGCAGCUGGAUCAGUCACAACUGCAAAGCCCUGGCCAUCCCCUGUCCCCUGCAGUACACGCCGAGAAUGACGCCGGAUUUCACCGUGUACAUGAUCAAAUAUCUCAUGACUCUGAUUGUGGGUAUCACCUCUGGCUUUUGGAUCUGGUCCGGCAAGACUUUACAUUCGUGGCGCAGGUUUUACACCAGACUCACGAACGGGCAACACGGGGAAACCACGGUUUAACCCAACCGUCCCACAGCCCUCUUCUAGCAGAUACUGCAGGGCUUAAUAUUAUAUUUCGAUUUUUUCGAGGACCCCAGCUUUACGUUUUUUUUUGACCAUUUUAUCAAAUUCCGUAAUAAAAAGAAAGCGUGAAUCUGCGCUGUCCUGCUCUAGUUCGAACUUAACUGACACUUGAGAUUCGGAAGUGAACAUUUUGUACGCUGAUAUCCCCUCCUCCUCACUUCUGUGUUUCCUUUUAAAAUUGACCAGCAGUCAAACGUUUGCCUAAGAGAGAAACCAUCUGUUUUUUUUUUUUCAGGGGGGAGGGGAUACUUGUAAGGGCGGCGAUUUUAAUACAGAUCGUUCGUUUUUAUGCCAAUUAAUUUGCCCGGGGCGUAAUGAAAUGUAUUGUAAAUAGCAUUUGUAAAAAUAAAAUAAAAUAUAAUUAUAUAUUUGUAUUUAAAGAAAGAAAAGAGCAAUACCUUGAAACAAGCUUCUUGGCAGACGUGCAUCUUAUAAAUGGAGCCAUAGACUUUCAAUGCUGUUUUUGUUGGCAGGACUGACGAGGCACAGUUGAACUUUAUCUGUCAAACCAAGAUCUGUAAUCAUUUUCCCCUGAUGUACGAGAUUAUGGAAUCUGUUUUACAUUAAAGAAUGCCUUGGCCACAGCCUCUGCCUGGCGUGCCGCUGGUCCCUGAGGAGUAAGAUUUAAACCCAAGGCGCAACAAACAAGCAGUGAUUCUGAGAGGCAGUACUUAGGCAUGCUGCGGGGAGUGACGACUCACUCCACUCUUUCAAGAAUAUUUGUGUAAGGAAAUAGGACAUUAAUUUAACACAGGUUUACUUCACGUCUUUGAAAAAGCAAGGCAGACUCUAGUUUUGUGUCGGUACCCCUCACGAAUCGGAUCCUGCGUUAACAAAUCCUGUGAUACAACUUUGACUUGAAUGGGCAUGGAAGCCAAUUUUAUUAAGAAGUAAAUAUGAGCCACAUGGCUCCGAAAAAAGUAAAUAAAUUGGAGGCACACGAUUCCCUAAUGUUUGAAAGCAUUUUUUUUCUAUUUUUUUUUUUUACAUUUUGCAGCUUCAAUAUAAAAAACGCAGUGUCUGCGAACAAUUUAUGUUAAAUUGAAUAUUACUUGCCGGUGUUUCUAGAAUGCCAGUGCAGUUUCUUUAAGCUAAAGUAUUUUUGUUCGUUUUAUGGUUGAAUUAGGCGGGCAGACUGUGUUGAUUUGUAUCUCAUACUGGGCCUUUCUGUAAAAUUGUUCCACUUUGGUUUUCUUUCUUUGCUGAAGUGUUUAAAAUACCGCAGUCUAGUUUAAUUCUUGGUUUGGAAAGUCGUUUUCUUUUUCAAAUACCCUGGAAUAAAAUAUUGCAUAGCGUAAUGUUCAAAGCAUUGACUCUUAAUUGCUAGAAUCCACAGUAAAACCGUUAACUGUUAUCUGUGACAAAGAGUAACCGAACUUUUCCACGUGGCAUAUUUGCUGAAUUGUGACCCACAAAACAUCUUCAACGAAUUCUGCUCUUUUUCAUUUUGAAUAUCUUAACUCUUUCAAGGAGAAGGUUAUCGUUUUGUUCCAUUAAAUCUUGUACUUAACAUGCACACAUAAGAUUCAUCUCAGUCUGACUCAUGCUUAUGAACGUCGCUUAGAAACAGCUAAGAUGUUUCAGCAAAGUGUAUCUACUUUUUACGAAAGGUUUUGGCAGCUCUAUGUAAGAGUCAUAAAGAGAACUAUUAAAAUGCCAUUGCUACA